ACAAAAGGCGUACACUUUACGAAGAGAAAACAAAAAAAAAAAAUGUCGGAAACCAAAAUCAAGAUGUCACCUACACAGUGGCUACCCACUAUCCUCACCGUUGUCUUCUUCUUCUGGAGCGUAACUCUACCCUCACAUGGAAGCUCACAAGUUGGAUACGGCUACGUCGUUAGCUCAGUGGCCGUUGACUCAAACCAGAAAGUCUUGACGGCGAAGCUUGAUCUGAUCAAACCAUCGUCCGUUUACGCACCAGAUGUUCAAACGCUGAAUCUUCAUGUCAGCUUGGAGACAAGUGAGCGUUUGAGAAUCAGAGUAACAGACUCAACUCAACAAAGAUGGGAGAUACCGGAAACCGUUAUCCCUCGCACCGUAAACCACUCUCCUCGCCGUUACUUAACGGAAGAGAACAAUACCUUGGAAGAUCCAUCAUCGGACUUAGUUUUCACACUCCACAAAACGACGCCGUUCGGUUUCUCCGUCUCAAGACGCUCCUCCGGCGACGUCCUCUUCGACGCGUCGCCGGAUCCAUCGGAUCCAAACACCUACUUCGUCUUCAAGGACCAGUUCCUUCAACUAACCUACGCCUUACCGGAAUCCCGAUCGAAUCUGUACGGUCUCGGAGAGCACACGAUGCGAUCGUUCAAGCUGAUCCCGGUAGAUACACUGACUCUGUGGAACGCUGACAUCGGGAGCGAGAAUGCGGAUGUUAACCUCUACGGAUCGCAUCCGUUCUACAUGGAUGUGAGAGGAUCUAACGGUCACGAUGACGCCGGGACGAGUCACGGCGUUCUCUUGCUGAACAGUAAUGGGAUGGAUGUGAGGUAUGAUGGAAGUCGGAUUACGUAUAAUGUGAUCGGAGGUAUCAUCGAUCUCUACGUGUUCGCCGGACCGUCGCCUGAGAUGGUGAUGAAUCAGUAUACAGAGUUUGUUGGACGACCUGCACCUAUGCCUUAUUGGUCAUUUGGAUUCCAUCAGUGUCGGUAUGGAUACAACAAUGUUUCAGACCUUGAAUCCGUGGUUGAUGGAUAUGCAAAAGCUGGAAUACCACUUGAAGUUAUGUGGACAGACAUUGAUUACAUGGAUGGCUACAAAGACUUCACUUUGGACCCCGUGAACUUCCCUGAGGACAAGAUGAAAUCAUUCGUGGAUACACUUCACAAGAACGGUCAGAAGUACGUGCUGAUCUUGGAUCCAGGCAUUGGUGUGAAUAGCUCCUCUUACGGGACGUUUACUAGAGGAAUGGAAGCAGAUGUGUUCAUAAAACGAGAUGGUGAGCCUUAUCUCGGUGAAGUUUGGCCUGGGAAAGUAUAUUACCCUGACUUCUUGAAUCCAGCUGCUGCAACUUACUGGAGCAACGAAAUCAAGAUGUUCCUGGAAACUCUCCCUUUGGAUGGUCUGUGGCUUGACAUGAACGAGUUGUCAAAUUUCAUAACUUCACCUCCAUCCCCUGGAUCUUCACUCGAUGAUCCUCCUUACCAGAUUAACAACUUAGGGGGCAGAGCUUCUAUCAAUAAGAAGACAGUACCAGCAACAGCUAUCCAUUUUGGGAACGUUAGUGAAUACGAUGCGCAUAAUAUGUAUGGACUCUUGGAAGCUAAAGCCACUCACCAAGCUAUGGAGGAUAUAACUGGAAAGAGACCGUUUCUUUUGUCGAGAUCCACGUUCGUAAGCUCGGGGAAGUACACAGCUCAUUGGACAGGAGAUAACGCUGCGAAAUGGGAGGACUUGGCUUACUCGAUCCCGGGGAUGCUCAACUUUGGACUGUUUGGGAUCCCAAUGGUUGGAGCUGAUAUCUGUGGUUUCGCAGAUGAUACCACUGAGGAGUUAUGUCGUCGAUGGAUCCAGCUUGGAGCGUUUUACCCUUUUGCAAGAGAUCAUUCUUCCAAAGGUACUGCUAGACAAGAACUAUACCUAUGGGACUCGGUUGCUGCUUCCGCAAGAAAGGUUCUCGGCCUUCGUAUGAGACUCCUCCCGCAUCUCUACACACUAAUGUACGAGGCUCACGUUAGCGGCGUCCCUAUAGCGCGGCCGCUCUUCUUCUCCUUCCCUAGAGACACUAACACCUAUGAGAUCAGUUCGCAGUUCUUGAUCGGUAAAAGCAUAAUGAUAUCUCCGGCGCUGGAGAAAGGGACAGUGUCCGUCGAUGCAUACUUCCCCGCCGGGAACUGGUUCGACAUGUUUAACUAUUCGUUUGCCGUCGGUGGAAGUUCCGGCAAGCGCGUUAGUCUUGAUACUCCCCCUGAUCACGUCAAUGUCCAUGUUCGAGAAGGUAGCAUUGUGGCUAUGCAAGGAGAAGCAAUGACAACUAGAGAAGCCAGAACGAAACCAUUUGAGCUUCUAGUUGUAGCCAGCAAGCUUGAGAACAUCUCGGGCCAACUGUUUCUCGAUGAUGGCGAAAACAUACGGAUGGGAGAGGAAGGAGGGAACCGUGACUGGACCCUGGUGAAGUUCCGUUGCUACGUAAACGGAAAAUCCGUGGUGCUGAGAUCAGAAGUGGUGAACCCAGAGUACGCGUCUAGGAUGAAAUGGAGCAUCGGGAAAGUGACGUUCGUCGGGUUUGAGAACGUGGAGAGCAUGAAAACGUACGAGGUUAGGACAGGGGAGAGGUUGAGAGGGCCGAGAAUCUCUCUUCUCAAGACGGUUGUGGACGAUGAUGAUCCCAAGUUUAUGAGUGUGGAGGUUUCUAGACUGUCGCUGCUUGUUGGGAAGAAGUUCGAGAUGCGAUUGAAAUUGACUUAAAGAAAAGGUAUCUAUUUUAUAAACCCAAUAAGAUGAUAAAUUUGUGGAUGCUUAAUGAAUAAAAAGAGUAAAGAUUUCGCAACGUUAUUACA